AUGGCGGCGGGUUUCGUGUGGGAGCUGGAGCGGCGCGCCGGGCCGGCGCUGCGGCUGGAGCAGCGGGCAGCGGGCGGCGUGGGCUGCGUCGUGUGGGACGCCGCCUUAGUGCUCGCCAAGUUCCUGGAGACCGGCGCUUGUCCCCUCGCCCGUCGCCACGUCCUUGAGCUGGGUGCCGGUACCGGCACUGUCGGCAUCAUGGCGGCCACGCUGGGGGCAAACGUGACGGUCACUGACCUUGAGGAGCUGCAGGAGCUGUUGAUGGUUAAUAUAGAGAACAACAAACAUCUGGUGACAGGGUCAGUCCGAGCCAAGGUACUGAAAUGGGGUGAAGAUGUGACAGAAUUUCAGCCUCCCCCUGAUUACAUACUAAUGGCUGAUUGCAUUUACUAUGAGGAGUCCUUGGAACCAUUACUGAAGACACUGAAGGACCUUACUGGCCCUGAUACAUGCAUCUUGUGCUGCUAUGAACAGAGGACUAUGGGAAAGAAUCCUGAAAUUGAGAGAAAGUACUUUGAGCUGCUUCAGGUGGACUUUGAGCUGGAAAGAAUUCCCCUGGAUAAGCACGACGAGGAGUAUCGCAGUGAAGACAUUCAUAUCAUGAACAUCCACAGGAAACAAGUGAAUUUUCCAUCAUGAGAUCUUUGACCACAGGAUCUAUC